CCCAGCACAGCUCCUUUCUGAACCCUACCGCGAACGGUGCGGCGCGCGGCCGGCCGGACCGUAACCUCGCCAGCGCGCCGGCGUGCCGGCGCCGCCACUAGACACUGUCCGCCGCAAUCCCGCACCGUCCAGUGAUCACUCCCCAACUCCCUGACCUCAAGACCGCGUCGGCCGCUCGGAGCUCGUGAAUCGCCUCGCCCGGCCGUCCUCGGGGCUCAGGCUGUCCAGGCCUCUCCACUUCCACGGGCAGGCGUCAGCUGCUUCACCCGACUUCCAGAGCAAGGGCAAGACGCAGCAUGGACUCCCUUCAUCGUGUGCACGUCAAGCUUCUGGCUGCCGACCUCCUCACGCUAACCCCACGACAUACAUCGCCGCCUUCCUUUGUUCGCUGUGGCCGUACAGUUGCCCGUGCCGAGGUUGUUGGGGUCGUUGUUUCACGUGACCGCAGGGAGAAGUUUCUGCGCUUCCUGAUUGAUGAUGGCACUGGCUGUGUACCAUGUGUCCUGUGGCUGAACCACCAGUACCUGAAUGCAAACAGUUCAUCCGAUUCUGAUCCAACUGGAGAGAUGGUAUCGAAAAUGUCGGAGGUCGUACGCCUGGGCACCCUGUUGAGGGUUCGUGGGAGGAUUGUCAUGUACCGUGGUGCAAUUCAAAUUGCUGCUCGAGACGUGGUUCUAGAGGAGGACCCUAAUGUGGAGGUUCUACAUUGGUUACAGUGCGUUCACAUGGCCAAGGAAUGUUAUGAUUUGCCACUACCUUCUGCUUGAGGUUUGCCUUGGAGGAUCUUAUGUUCUGUGUUUCUUUCUGUGGUUACUGUUGAACCAAACAUCGUUAAUCAAAUGCCUUUUUUGGUUAACUGCAUUUGAUUUACUUCAUUUAUGCAGUAGGGUCAGUUGCAACUGCUUUAUAAGGUAUAAUGCAGAGGCCCCUAGUGAUAGUGCACUGCACUUGGGUGAAGUAAUCAAGGUUGACGAGUCGACUAGUUAUUCCAAUGUUGAGACUCAUAGACUAGUCGUGACUAAUCGUGACAAGUCAACACUAAAGUUGCGAUUCAUAGACUAGUCGACACUGAAGUGUAGUCGGCCCUGGAGUUGCGACUCAUAGACUAGUAUAGACUAGUCUUGACUAGUCCUUCAACUCGUAGUCCAUGGAAGUAAUGAGUGGGUCCCUGAUUCUGAAUGGUACUGCAGCUACUCUGAAUGGGACAGAGAAAGUAUGGUGUACUCUCUGCUUUCUUUGUCUUACCAUCACCUAGUCACCUUCCUGGCAUUAAGUUGAUAGGCUGAUAGAUAGUGAUGUAUUAGAAUCCAUUCCACCAGUCGAACCACAUGGUAUUGAGAAUUUGAAAUACUGCCCUCCGUUCACACUUCACCGUCUAUGUCAACUAUUGACAAAGAAGGAAAUGUAAUAGCAGUUCACCUAUUUCAACUGCAGGGUUAGUUUUCGUAGUUCACUCUAAAUUUUCCUCUCUCUUCUCCACCCAAUCCUAUCCCCUUCUCUGCUCCUGAAUCCUCAUCACUUGUAACUCAAA